AGCGCUGAUGGUACGGUGGACGGAAUGUUUUGGUUGUAAAUACGAAGUAUGUUGCGACCACAAAUCGUGCGAUUGCUUCCGUAGAUUUGGCGUGGUCGUAGAUUGCCUGUCACGCCGCAUCCUACCGCAAACAUCUGAGCGAGAUGCCCCGUUCUUGUGACGUCUUGGGUUGCCCGAACGGUGCAGGCAACUCUGCUGUAUCGUAUCACGUAGUGCCGCGGGAUGAACCAAGACGUUCCGAAUGGCUUGCUGCCGUACCCAUGCGAAAGCGCGAGGGACGAGCGCGGCCUAAGUUGAUGGUGUGCUCGCUGCACUUCUCUCCUUGUGAUUACGUCUACGAUCCCACCCUGAGAGUGUUGCUGGGUUGCAACCAAAGGCCGGCGCUUUCCCGCACGGCUGUUCCUACGAUCGCGCCUUUGACACGCCAAGAGCUAGCCUUGUUGCAGCAGAUCGGAAGUGUUGACACGGCUAACAACGCCAGCUCAAACCCCUUUGGUGAUGACGGCUGCAACACGCACAUUGAAGAAGAUGCGGACGUACUGCCAGUGGUCAUCAAUCUUGUCGAGGGCCAGCCUUCGUCAUCAUGGUUGCAAAUGGAUGAACUCAUCAGGGCAGACAGCUGGGAUCCACCAAGUGGAGCAAUGCCUGCUGACUCAAGUGAAUGCAUGAGGUCCUCCCCACAUGAGAACUUCAAUGGGAGUGUCAGAAACACAGUGGCAGUGUCACCUAAACACAUAGAGCUUAGCUUACCGGUCUUGCCACUGGACGUCAAUAUUGUCGAAGGCCAGCCCUCAUCAUUGUGGUUGAAAAAUGAAGGAGUUACCAAGGCAGACAACUGGUGUUCCCCAAAUGGAAAGACAUCGGCCUUUGCUGCUGACAGCAGAAGAAAAGAGACACAAGAACACCCUCAACUGAAUGUCAACAAAACAAGCAAAAUAUGUCAUCGCGGUGUUGGACACAACAAAAUGGUACAGGUUUGCAUCCGUGGAAAGAGCACUGGGGCUCAGGUGAAUAUGAUUAUGAAGGAUAUUAUGAGUCAGGGUCUGCAAACUGAUAUUUCUGACAUGACGAUGUUGACAUCAGCAUCAACUCAAACAUAGUGAUGUACCUCUGAAGAGGGUGGGACCAGCAGGCUUGGCCUGACACCCUAAAAACAUGAUGCAAAGGCUUUAACAUACAGGCUUUGAGAUGUCACACCUCGGGUUGCUCCACAGAUGCAACUACUGGAUGACAGCUAAUCCUACAUGGCCUGUACCCCUCCACAUUCUGGUGCAGUAAAUCAUUUUAGGCUCAGGCAUGGAUUGCAGCUAGAAUCGGAAGUGCGAUGGACACGUCCGCAAGUUGUGAAGUCAGCCUUCUGUCAGAAUGAAUCUGAAGGGCAACAUCAACACAGCCACUGUAUUGGUGCUCCCUGGACUGCCAUUGUUGUCUUCAACUGGCAGAAAACCUACCUUCUUACCGCUAUGAGUGUGCCACUAACUGCUGUCCCGGCAAAUGGACACAGGAGCAUGCAUCAGGUCUUCUGAUUGCUGCAAGGCAACAAUACCUGAGACAGUAUCACACUGAGCUGCAUCAAAUGGCGCAUCGAAGAUGGCCGGUCGUUUAAAUGAAGACGGCAUGCCAGAAUUUGCAAUAACCAGUAGCACUUUGUCGAUGUUUUCAUCCCUCCCAAGAUGAUGCAAACUUAUUUGUGCGUGACCACAGUGGUGAUGAAGAUAGUGACCAAGAAAGAAGACAGUCAAUGUCAGAAUCAAAGAGAAAUAAAGUAAGAUGGCUGUCA